AUGAAGACUCUCCCCAAGCUUUUGUUUGGGGCAAUACUAUUCCUGGGUGUGGUCCAUGGACUGGUCAUUGAACCUGUUGGGGGCCUGGACAAUGUCGAGCCCACAGGACAUAACGAAACCGCCUUCGGAGGAUGCACACGCUGGUAUAUGACACCAGGAACCCACCCCCUCGACAUGGACUUCUUAGCAGAAUGCCAGACGAAAGAUGGCUCGUAUCUAAAGUCACGGCAGUAUCUCGGACAGUGCAUCGCCAACGUCGAUGGUUAUCUGAUGAUGCAAGACAAUGGAUGGUUUGGUAAUACCUGCGGUGAUUGCUGGCUCAGUCCCGACCCCAAAGGGAAAUUGGGUAUGUUUACAUGGCUUCACUGCAGCUGUUAUGAUGGCGAGAAGUGGGGAGACACCUACAUAAAUCUUGAUGAUAUUAUCAGCAAUUUUCAUGGUUUGCUGAGUUGCCUCGGUCACAUUGCGGUACUGGCCUGA